AUUAGACGGUCGGUCCAGUGGAAAUGACCAGUCAUCCCCUCAGCCACGAACUCCGGCCCUACGUUCGAAAUAGCACUAAAGCGCUGAAACCAUUAAGCGUGUGGAAUCAUUGUCCUAAAAUCUAAUAAGUAAAUUAUGAAUGAGAAGAUUGGUCUAUGGUUCGGGGAACCGAUAGCAUCCACUCUUGUGGCAAAAGCCGUGACAACAGAAUCUUCUUAAGCGGAGAAGGAAGUACUUUGGCCGGUAGCCUAAUUCUCCUUUCGAACUACGGGAUUCGGGUUGGAUAUGGUGAUAAGCCAAGCCUAAAACUCCCGUCGCUUAACCCGGUGAAGAAGAGCUUCCAAUCGAAUAUGCUUAACACACCCAACUUCGGUGGCCUGGAGUCUUCUACGGGGGCAUUUUUCGUCACUUUAUCUAUCUAUGUCCUCACCGCAGCUACCCUCGCUCCAGUUAUUGGGGCCUGUGCUCCUUCUUCAGGAAGAGCAGCAAAGGCGAAGAGCGGGUACGACCUUUCUGCUUAUUUCCCCUUCCACCUUGAUAUAGACGAAUGCCCCUUCCUAUUCUACCAACAUAGCCGAGGGCUUAGUCACUCUUCUCUAUUCGCAUGUCGUCCAGACCUGUGGGAAAUGCCGGACUUCCCCUCUGAGGCUAAUGCCCUACUAGUUGAACUGCUUAAAAGACCGCCAGGAGGAAAGGACUUGCUUAUUUGCUCUCCGGCCAAGGGAAAGACUAGUUCAGUCGGAUGCCGCCUGACUUUCUGUCUUCUGCUCUUCGACCUGGUCCGCUUAAAAGGGGAUGUCUCAUCUGACCAUAAGCCUCGUUCGCCUCCUUCACUCGCUCCGAAUGAGCAAGAGAAUUCCAUCGCGAGCAACUUUUUUAAUUGGGCCUUGGCUUUAGAGAUGAUGUCAGAGGAAAGGAUGUCUGUGGAGGAAGCGGUGGAAGAACUCUGCUGCUCAGCAAGGCUUCCUAAGGCUGAAGCUACUUCAGCAAAGAAGAAAGACAGAUUAGGGCUCGUUCCGAAAGAGAUAUAUGUGGAGCGCUUCCAGUCCCUCCCAAAAGGGACUUACGCCGGCUUCGGUCAGCAGAGUAACCCUCCACUCUGCCAUUGCGAGAGAUUGCCGAGGUCAUAUUUUGUCUUAUUUGAAAGAUGGGAACGGAGGAUCAACUCAAUAAUCAUUGAUAAUGGUAUUUCAGCGGCUAGUAACACAUGGUUAUCAAGCCGUGAAGAAGGGAGAGUGAACAAAGAAGAAAAGAAUAGCUUUUCUCUUGCGGCUGCGACAAUGCCUUCCAUGCCAAGCAGGGUAGAAGGAAUAAAGGUUCUUAGUCCUUCUCGAAAGCUGCCCGCGAAUGAUAGGCUGACAGCUGACUUGCUUGACCUAUUGAAAUGUCAGUAUAAACUUCUGGCACAUGGUCGGCGAGCUAAAGGGGUAGUUUCGGUUUUGGUUCUAGGCAAAGAUCUUCCAGUAGCUGUUCCCUUCCCACUCAACAUUCUUUCAUAAUAUUCUUUCCUUGCCAUCCUUCAACCAGCUUUUUUUCGGACUGCUCUUACUGCUGCUUCCUAUGCUUCCUGCUUCUGUCUACCUCUUACUGUAGUAAGAGGUCGGAUUGCCUAAAUUCACUAAGACUACUCUCCAUUCAAAAGAGUCCACUAAAGCUAAAGAAAGCAAAAAAUUGCGU